CUCUGAUGAAAGAAAAAAAGGAAAAUGGUGCAAAACAGGAGCCUGGUACAGAAUCAGGACAAGAAAAUAAGCCGCUUGUGGGAAAAGGACCGCUUACUAUCGACGAAGCAGUGGACAGUAUCUAUAAUGGUAUGAACCUAAAACUUCUGCUGGUCUUCCUGACCGCAACUGGGACUGCGACCCAGACCCCCAUGCAAAUCUACAUCACUAUCUUCGCAGGUUUCAUCCCUUACACCAAGUGGGAUUGCAUCUCGAGCACGUGCACAGCUCUACUGAACAAAACUAGCGAUAUCAAAGAGUUCUACAGCCGCAAGACGAUGUGCGACAAUAAUCUGGAGGCAGGAACGGACUUCAAGUGGACCAGCGAGAGAACGAGCUUCUCGAUAGACUGGGGGCUCUACUGCGAUGAUGAAGCUAAGUUCACCACUAUUUCUAGCUUCUUCUUUAUAGGUGCCACAUUGGGUCUUCUCGUGUGUACUGCUGUGUUUGAUAGGUUUGGUAGGAGGAACGGAGCAAUAGCAGGGAAUCUGAUCGGAGCUACUGCAACUCUUAUCGGAACAUGGGCUCCUUCUUUUGAGGUGAUGCUUGUCAUCAGGAUCUUUCAGGGGGUGGGAAUGUUCAUUAAUCUCACUGGCAUCUACGUCUGGUCCGUGGAGUUGACUCCAACCCAUCUUAGAAGCUUCGCUAAUGGUUCUAUUAUGAACAUUUGGUCGGUGGGCUAUAUGUGUAUAACAUUGUGUGGUUACUUGAUACCCACCUGGAAUUACAUCUUCCUAACAGUGGGUAUUAUUAAUUACAUUCUUACUAUCCCUCUCCUGAUAUAUCCUAUCUCUCCAAGAUUUGCUCUGGUAAGAGGAAGAGAGGAAGAGGCUAAAAGAACACUGGAAUCCUUCUCUCGGCUCUGCAACAACGAAACAUCAAUGGCUGAUGUGAACUUGACCUACAAAAAGAGAGUUUUAACAUUCUUCGAGCAGCUCAAAGAUUUCAAGAUUUACCCUACCUUACGAAAAGAGACCCUCUUAGGCCUGAUAGCAUGGUUCAUUGUAGCUGUGCUCUUCUAUGGUUUCUCCUUUGGAUGGGUGCAGAUUUCAUCUGACCUGUAUACAGGUCACCUAGCAGCUGCUAUCAGCAAGUGUUUUGGCUACUCCAGCGCAAUCCCGCUUUGCAACUUGAUCGGUAGGAAGAAGACCCUGUUGAGUAUCCUAGCACUAGGUCUCUUCUCAAACUUCCUAGCCAUGCCUGAUGUUCAAAUCUCUGAGGACUGGACUCUGGAGUACGUGGCAUGUCUGAUUGGUAACUUAACAUGCUCUGCAGCGUUUGGAGUGAUGUAUCUUUACACGGGGGAGCUCGCUCCCACUUCUCACAGAGGUAUGAUCAUGUCACUCAGCUCCGCUUCUGCUCGGGUGGGCAGCUUUACUGGUACCUAUGUGGGACUCCUCUACGCUGUUGCUGACCGGCGUGUUCCUCUAGCUGUGUUCGCUGGGCUGACCUGUGUCUUCAUACUCUCUAUAUGCUUCAUGUCAGAUCCUACUGGUAGGGGGAUCCCUGAAACACCUCUAGAUGUGGAAAUAAUGACGGGUAAUAAGGAUUUUGUAGAGCCGUGUGAGGAUGGGGUUAAAACUGAGGCUAGAAGUUAAUAGUCGAGCAGUUUGUUAACAUUUUAAUCAUUAUCAUAACUAGUUAUAUCUAGACAACCGAGCUUGGAUGAGAUGUUUUAACCCGGGACUAUCAAAUAAGUUUAUUAACAAUCACUUGAGUUUUAAUAGCAGCUAAGUAUUGCUAUUAACACGUUAAGUUUAGAACAUCUGAAUGGUACAAUAAAACCCCGAUUUAGGUUGGCCCGAUCGGGUUUUACUGUACUACAAACAUAUAAUCACUCUGUGUUGAUUUGUAUCUUUAUCUAUUGUUCAAAUUAUCAGAAUUAUUCGUUUCCAAAUCAUCACAUACU